AAAAAAAAAGAAAUUUUAAAUAAAAAAAUGAGGAUUUGAAAAGAAUAAUAAUUAUUUUGAAUGUAUAAUUUAAAAUAAAAUAAAAUAAUGACAACAGUUUCUAAUCCCGAAAAGGAGUAUUAGAGUGCGGAUAAAUCGGGUAAUAAAAUGGAAGAAAAUAAUUAUGCCAAGGAAAACGGAUCCCGCGGUCUCGAGAAGACGGUCCUAUUAAAAAGCCGUUACAGGAGAAAAGCGGGACGCGGAAGAGUCGUCAAAGAUGUCAAUAAUAACAACGUCCUGACCAGCAGCUUGAAUAAUUCCGAUUCGGAUUUGGUCACGGGAGGUAACAACCAAAGAGGCAUCCUAAAAAACGCGUAUACAAGAGUUCCUCACACGUCCAACAUCUCCAUAGCCGAUCUGUGUAGCGAUAUAUCCGAUUUAAAGAACGAAUUGGAAAAGUUGGAUCAUGCUGGAACGAUUAGACAGCAAAGCGACUCAUUCCCGAAUCUCAUCGAGGAUGAGAGAUCUUUACCGUCGCGUCAAAGCGAGCGCGACAAAGAAAAUUAUGGCAAGGAUAGAAUCCCUCCAGAGAAUACCUCCGAUAUUAUGAUGGAGGAUAAACAUAAUGACUAUAUCGUUUCGUACCCACCUGAAAGCGAGGAUAAAAGUGCAGAAACGGAGUCGCUCAUAAACGAAGCCACUGAUCUCGUAGUACCAUCGUAUUCGCAUCCACAAUCCGAUAUUACGCAUGCGCGUAACGUCUACGACGCACUUAACUCUUCUCCUACGAGUCUUAAACAACACUCGGACAAAUAUUCUUCCGUCGCGUCUCUUUCAUCCCUACGUACGCCUUUCAGAAAUGUUAUCCGAAAAAUAUCCAAACACGUUUAUUUCGAUAAAAUACCCAAAAUUUCUAGCUCCUCAAAUGACAAUAGGGUCUACUUCCCGGAAGGCAAAAAUCUCGACGUCAAGAAUGAUUUGUACCUCUAUGAAGAAGAGAUGGAAGAGAAAAUGCCGGCUACUUCAAUCAUAUCUUCCCUCAACAAUUACACGGCUUCCAUACCUCCCAACACCAACGCCAGUUUUCAAGGGCCCGCAAAUGGGGACAUUGCCAUAAAAUCCCAAUCGCUCAAAGUAAAUAAGUUGGGAACCGUGAUGGGAGUAUUCCUGCCUUGCAUUCAAAACAUCUUUGGGGUUAUUUUAUUCCUGCGUAUGAAUUGGAUAGUCGGAAUAGCCGGGGCAUUUCAAGCUUUGCUAAUCAUACUCAUAUGUUGCAGCGUGACCCUGAUAACCGCGAUAUCGAUGAGCGCAAUCGCAACCAACGGGGUAGUGCCGGCGGGUGGUGCGUAUUUCAUGAUAUCCCGCUCCCUGGGCCCAGAAUUUGGCGGAGCAGUGGGCUUCCUCUUCUACCUGGCUACCACGUUUGCUACCGCUAUGUACACGAUCGGGGCCGUCGAAAUUUUACUGGUAUAUCUUGUUCCCUCCAUCGCGAUAUUCAGUAAUAUGUACCACAAUUUCAGGGUGUACGGGACCUGCUUCUUGGUUGUCAUGACGUUGAUCGUUAUGGUGGGCGUUAAAUUAGUCAAUAAAAUCGCCGCGAUAUCGCUGUUCUGCGUUUUGCUCUCCAUUUUGGCCAUUUACGUCGGAAUUUUCGCUUAUUUCCACGGAAAUCCGAAAGUUCUAAUUUGUAUGAUAGGGGAUCAAUUGAUAAAGAAAUCGUUAUACGGCGAUGAUUCGAUGUGCUAUAAGAUUGACGCUUAUGGAAAAUAUAAUCACAAAAUGUGGGGAGGAUUUUGUAAGAGGUACGACAAUGUAACAUCGAGCUUUGUCGGUUGCAGCGACUAUUUCAUCAAUCACAAUAUCACCCAAAAAAUGGGCAUUCCUGGUUUGGGAAGCAAAGUCUUUUUGGACAACAUGAAGUCUCGAUACAUGAAAAAGGGCGAGGCGAACCCAGGCGAACCGGCUAUUAGCGAGUACAUCGUGCAAGCGUACCUCGCCACCUCGUUUACAAUACUUUUGGGCAUUUAUUUUCCUUCCGUUACGGGUAUAAUGGCCGGUUCAAACCGAUCCGGCGAUUUAGCCGACGCUCAAAAUUCCAUUCCUAAAGGAACUCUCGCCGCUAUCAUAUUCACUUCCUUAGUCUAUAUUUCCUCGGCUUUGUUAUUUGCGGCCUCGAUAUCUUCGCCUCUUAUGAGAGACAAGUUUGGAUCGAGUAUAGGCGGAGGAAUGAUAGUGGCGAAUUUAGGUUGGCCACAUCCUCUUAUAGUCACGAUAGGCUCGUUUUUAUCCACUAUCGGUGCCGCCCUACAAAGUUUAACAGGCGCUCCCAGACUUCUGCAAGCCAUAGCAAAAGACAACAUAGUUCCUUUCCUCAAAUGGUUCACCAAAACUUCUGCUAAAGGGGAACCCUUAGCAGCCCUUGGAUUAACUUUCGUCAUAUCUUUGCUCGGGAUAUUCAUAGGAAAUUUAGAUUUUAUAGCCCCCAUACUUACCAUGUUUUUCCUGAUGUGUUAUGGAUUCGUUAAUUUGGCUUGCGCUUUACAAACCUUACUCAAAACACCCAACUGGAGACCAAGAUUUAAAUAUUAUCAUUGGUUUCUCUCCCUGAUAGGGCUAGCUUUAUGCGUGGCGGCCAUGUUUAUAUCGAGUUGGUAUUACGCUCUCAUCGCUAUGGGCAUCGCUUGCGCCCUUUACAAAUAUAUCGAAUAUUAUGGAGCUGAAAAAGAAUGGGGUGACGGGGUCAAGGGUCUCCAAUUAUCUACGGCCCUCUUCUCCCUUCUCAGGUACGAGCAGCAGCAGAGUCUCGAAAAGUCUAACAUGUCGUCCGGCUUGCAACACACCAAAAAUUGGAGGCCCCAACUGUUGGUCCUUUGCAAAUUCGAGAAAACCAAUGGCGAGGGUAUUAAUAAGGGCAAGACCGUCAUGACCCAUCCUAGGAUGCUUUCUUUUGCUCACCAACUCAAAGCUGGUCGAGGUUUGACCGUGUGCGCUACCGCUAUUCAGGGUGACUGGACGAAAGAUUCCCAAGAAGCCUAUAUAAUUAAAGAAAAUUUAAGGAGAUACAUGGCUGAAGAAAAGGUGAAAGGUUUUUGCGACGUGGUCAUGACUAAAGAUUAUUACACCGGAAUAUUAGACUUAGUUCAAUUAUCGGGUCUUGGUGGUCUCAGGCACAACGCCAUUAUGAUAGCUUGGCCCCGCAACUGGAAAAGGAUUAAUAGUGUGGACCAUGAAAACGGGGAUAAGAAAGAUCUCAAAGAAGAUGGAAUACCUUCCUGGAAAAUGUUUGUCGACGUUGUCAGGGCCGCUUCCGCAGGAAACAUGGCCAUAAUGGUAAUGAAGGGUUGCGAUAAAUUCCCCAGCAAAAAGGACCGCAUCGGGCCCGGUACCAUAGACGUGUGGUGGAUAGUGCACGACGGUGGUUUGCUCAUGCUCAUACCUUUCCUCCUUAAACAGAAUAAGGUGUGGAAAAAUUGCGUGACGCGAAUUUUUACGGUGGCUCAAUUCGAGGACAAUUCAGUUCUGUUGAAAAAGAAUUUGGAAAAUUUUAUCUACAGCCUCAGGAUCAAGGCUCAAGUGGAAAUCGUCGAAAUGCACAAGAGCGAUAUUUCGGCGUACACUUACGAAAGAACGUUGCUGAUGGAACAAAGGAGCCAGAUGCUAAGGCAGUUGAAUUUGAGUCGCAAAGAGAGUCUGGCCGUUGUUCAAGCAUUCAUAGAUAAUGCCCAUGAAAAACCUCAAGGCCACUCUGUGUCUGUGAUAAAUAACAACUUAGCGGUUCCCGGGGUGACAAAUCCUAGCUUGUUCGGUGGUAUUAAAAGUGAACCGGAUAAUACCAACACCAAUUCCUUCGCCGAUAGACCAGGCCGUUUAUCGAUUAUUGGCAACCAGAAUAUAUUUAAAGCCGACCAACCUACCACAAAUGAUAUCGAAAUGGAUUCUAACAAAAAGGUAGCUCCGGAGCAAUCAAAGGGCCCUGAUAAAGAUGACGUCACGAUCUCAAAUAAUUUAGACACUAAUAAGAGGGGUACAAACCAUCUAAAUCUUCUACUGCCAGCGAGUAAUGGCCAUUUAACAAACGCUGUAAAAGAAGAUGCGGAUAACGCAAAUAAUCACGCUACGACCGCUCCUGGCUCCCCUUUUAGAGAAUCUAGAAUUGCUUACAAUAAAAUCGAUGCUGCUAAUGUUAAACGGAUGCACGCCGCGAUUAAAUUGAACGAAGCGAUAGUUCAAAGGAGCAAGUCAGCAAGUCUCGUUAUGCUUAAUAUGCCGGGGCCGCCGAGGAACAGGAAAGGGGAUGAAAAUUUUAUGGAAUAUUUAGAAGUGCUGACAGAAAAGCUGGAUAGAGUUUUGCUUAUUAGAGGAUCUGGUCAAGAAGUUGUCACGAUAUAUUCAUAAAUUAAACAUAAGAAAAACAUACCAUAUCCUAUUCUUAACAACUACCUGAAGCCUUUAAUAUUGAUCUUUAUAAUUUCAUUUUUUUAAAUUUUCCAAUUACUUUGUGCCUCAAAUUAUAUUUAAAUUAUCUUUAAGUAAUCGCUUUGCACGGGGAAGAGAAUUCAGAUGUUUUAUAUAAUGGUGAUAAUAAUAAUAUAGUAACAUACUGUUUAAUUUAACAUUUUUUUUUGCACUUUAAUUUUGUAAUUGAUAUAUUUUUCU